AUGCACUGUUUUUCAUUCUUGCGGAAUAUUGCGAUCUACACCUGGACAAUCAGCUUCAACUUCACUCCCAGCUCCGGGAAACUACAUGGUCAGUCUGUAACCAGAUACGUCGUGGAAUAUCAAAACCACCAUGCACUCGUUCAAAAUCAAACAGCUUACUUCAGGAAUUUAUUGGAAACGCACUUGAAGAGCAACAACAUCGGGUUCAAUGACAUUACGCCGUUCAAUGAAGCCCCCAGCAUUUUUUCCGGCUUCUCACUUUCAGUUCACACUCCACACAAUCCAAAAACCAUCAAAGCGGCCUCCUUUGUCAAAGCAAUCUUUCCCGUUCUGCCAGUCGCACGCCCGGUCUUUCUGCACACACCCAGAGUUCUCAACACUCUACAGGUGGGGAAUCCGGCGGAUGUUUUCGAGCCUCAUGUUCAAGUUGGCAUAUCACGUCUACACAAAAAGGGAUAUCGAUGCAAAGGGAUCAACAUAGCCGUCAUUGACACUGGCUGCGAUUGUCAACAUCCGGCCUUGGGAAAAGGCUUCGGGAAAGGAUUCAAGAUUGCGAAAGGAUACGAUUUUGUGGGCGACGCUUACAAUGGAUCGAACCUGCCGAUACCCGAUGACAAUCCAUGCACGUCUUGUGCUCUGCAUGGUACUCACAUCAUGGGUGUUCUCGCCGCUAACGAGAAUACUAUGGGCUUUCGAGGAGUAUGUCCAGAUGCAACAAUGUCCUCGUACCGAAUAUUUGGCUGUGAGGAAAAUACAAACGACGAACUGGUCGCUUCAGCCUUGCUGCGAGCGUACAAGGAUGGGGCCGAUGUUUUCUCGUUAUCUGUUGGCGCCCCCGGUGGUUGGGCUGGAGGAUCGAUAGCAGCAGUCAUCGCCAGCCGGAUAGCCAAAAGGCGUGCAGUCGUAGUCUCGGCUGGAAACCUGGGUGAUGAAGGUAUGUUCUUUGCCACCUCGCCAUCCACCGGCACCGGCGCGAUCUCGGUAGGAAGUGUCCAAUCGACCGCCCUUGUAUCAUAUCCUUUCACGACUUCCCUCACUGGCUCCCGAACCUUCAACUACUUUGCUACCUUUACUAUGGAACCUGGAACCUUUCCUGUAUACCCGAUAAGCUCUACGAAGGAUGGCCUGGAUGACGCCUGUACACCGUUACCAGCCAAUCUACCUAAUCUAUCGCAACACAUCGCAUUAGUCAGGCGUUCCGAAACACACGCAUGCACAUUCGAAACCCAAUUGGGCCACUUGCUCAAGAAAGGCACACACAAGAUCCUUUGGGCCAAUAAUAACUCUUUCCCAGAAUACGUCGCGCGUGAUGCUUCUAACGGGGUGUCUGUGGGUGUGGUAACUCGAGAUAUCGGAACAAUGCUAAGAGAAAAGUAUUUUGAAAAUCCUGGAAAAUUCAGUAUUACCAUCUCAAAGGAUUUGGCGAUUGCUCAAGUUGCUGCCCCCGACAGCGGCAAAGUUAGUCCAUUCUCCAACUAUGGUCCCAUGUUCGAUCUCGAAUCACCGCAGCCUGGGGUACUUGGAGUUGGGGGCAACGUCCUAUCCACUUACCCCGUAUCCGAAGGUUCAUUUGCUAUCGCCUCAGGAACGUCUAUCUCCGCGCCACAGAUGGCGGGUAUUGCAGCUCUGGUGAUCAGUACGCAAGGGAAAAACAUCAAUCCACUUGAAAUUUACACCAGGAUCGCUUCCUCAGCGACGCCUGUUUCAAAUUUCAGCGAAACUGGUAUUCUGGAAUCCGUAUGUCAUCAGGGUGCAGGCCUAGUCAACGCUUGGUGUGCCGCAAUGGCGACCACUGUGGUUUCAACUCAUUCAUUUUCUCUAAAUGAUACCCUCCACUUCAACGGGACGCAGUCUUUCUCUAUUACAAAUAAAGGCAAACAAUCUGUUUCAUAUACCGUCGAGCAUGUCACUGCUGGAACCGCCCUCACUUUUUCCGAAACCAACGUAGCAAACCGAUGGCCAGUGCCGCUCAUUCCUGGCACUGCAGACGUGUCUUUCUCAGUCUAUGAAUUUGUGCUCCGCCCAGGACAAACUCGCAAGCUCCAAGUGAAAUUCAAAGCGCCUUUAGGUCUAGAAGAAAUCUCGCUUCCAGUUUAUUCAGGUUUCGUGAUCCUUAAAUCCGACACAGAAUGCGAGAGCCACACUAUCCCUUACUAUGGAGUAGGUGCAGCAUUGAAACAGCGACCAGUGCUCGACUAUGGAUAUAGCUACCAAGACAAUUAUACUUUACCCGCACUAGAUAGUGGUUUGACUGGAUUGCCAGUCGAGGAGGGACAUACCUUCACUUUGCAAGGGCUUGAUGUCCCAAUUGUUGAAUAUCGAUUAGCGUUCGGAACUCCUUUGGUUCUAUUUCACAUUGUCAAAGGGGACACUGUUAUACCAACAUCUCUUUUACCUCAACAAUCUUCACAAGAAAAAGCACCCAACCCAGAACCGCAUCCCGUAACAACCCCUCCACCCUCUUCUAAAGUUUCUUCUCAAGACAGUACCGCCAACUCGCCACAAAAUGCCCAGCCAUUAUCGACCCAUUGGACCACACAGUUGGCUGACGCUGCUUCAAUCGCUUUCAGCGGGAAGAUAUAUGACUUGAGUGUUGCGAACUAUCAUCACGCUAAACCGAUAACAGUCCCAGACGGAAAAUAUCGAAUUCUAGUGAGGGCUCUACGAGUGACAGGCGACCCUCGAGAAGAAGAGGAUUAUGAGGCCUGGCUUUCACCAAUUUUCACCAUCCGUCGUUCCAACCAAAAGCCUUAAUAAGCCGAUAACCCACUAAUCUGCCUGUCAUAUCAUAUAUCUCUCAAAACAAUCCAACUCAACAAGCCUUCCUACCUUCGCCUUUUAUGUAUUCUGAAUUU